AUGGAGUCGAACCUGGGGGUUGGCCCUGCUGGGACCUCCCAGAGUGGCCUUCGACGACGUCCUAAUCGAGGAAAACGCGAGACUGGCAUCGCUGGCGACGCCAGCUGGUCGAGCAGUGUCAUCAAUCUCGUCAAUACCAGUGAGUGGAAACGGUCGAUGUCUGGCGACGUUAUCGGUGCCGGAGUUCUUGCCAUGCCACUGGCCAUAUCACAUAUGGGAAUUCUCUUGGGAACGUUCGUCAUCCUUUGGUCCGGGGUCACAGCGGGCUUUGGUCUCUAUCUACAAUCGCGAUGCGCUCAAUACCUCGACCGCGGAAGCGCCUCUUUCUUCGCCCUGUCGCAACUGACAUACCCCAAUGCUGCUGUUGUAUUUGAUGCCGCAAUUGCCAUCAAAUGCUUUGGAGUUGGUGUGAGCUAUCUCAUUAUUAUCGGCGACCUGAUGCCAGGCGUCGUCAACGGCAUCGUCGGAGGCGACCCGGCCUUUGACUUCCUCGUGGAUCGUCAUUUCUGGGUAACCGCCUUCAUGUUGAUCGUGAUCCCCCUUUCAUACCUUCGUCGGCUAGACUCAUUGAAAUAUACGAGUAUUGCGGCCUUGGUGUCAAUGGCCUAUUUGGUCGUCUUGGUCGUCUAUCACUUCAUCAAGGGCGAUACAAUGGCGGAUCGUGGUCCUGUUCGUGUAAUCCAUUGGGCAGGUCCGGUCCCAACUUUGAGCAGUUUCCCAGUGAUCGUAUUUGCAUUCACCUGCCAUCAGAAUAUGUUCUCAAUCCUCAACGAAAUCAAGAACAACAGUCAUUUCCGCACGACAAGCGUCGUGUUUGCCAGUAUUGGUGGCGCGGCGGCCACUUACAUUCUCGUCGCCAUCACUGGCUACCUCUCUUUUGGAAACAAUGUCGCGGGCAACAUCGUCGGCAUGUAUCCACCAGGCAUCGCGGCAACAAUUGCACGUGCUGCUAUCGUGAUGCUUGUUGUCUUCUCCUACCCACUCCAGUGUCACCCUUGCCGGGCGUCAGUGGACGCUGUUUUGAAAUGGCGCCCGAAAUCCGCGCCUCGGUCAACAGAGGGCUCACCACAUCGACACCCAUUGCUGAGUCCACGCGGUACUCGAACCGUCGAGCCGAUGAGUGACUUGCGCUUCUCGGUCAUCACCACCACCAUUCUUAUCCUGAGCUACCUCGUCGCUAUGACUGUUUCCUCCUUGGAAGCAGUGCUGGCUUACGUUGGAAGUACCGGAAGCACAAGCAUCAGUUUCAUCCUGCCAGGUCUUUUCUAUUACAAGAUCUCUUCACCUGAUUCUCCCGCCCAUCGCGGCCUUCUGAAGGACGACGAGGCAGCUGACGACCUAUCUGAUGAAGAGACUCAUGACGAUGAAGGCGAGGGCUCUCUUACCCAGUCAUUGACAGAUAGUGGCUUCUUGCCUCGACCUGCUCGCCACUGGCGCAAGACAAUCUUGCGCCGUCUCAGCCUGGCCCUUGCUCUCUACGGUGUCGUGGUCAUGGUCGUGUGCUUCAUCACCAACACAUUCUUCAUCGCAUCCCCUUGA